UACAAAUCAUCGUGGCGGUUGGACCGAGACCCUAUCUACCUGCCUGGCUGCCUACCUGUGACGAACUCGACAUUCGUUUUGCGCGUUUCGAUUUUCGUGGUUUUCUCUCGAACCGAAAAUUAGCAGUGGUUAGUGCGAUAGAAAGUUUUCGGUUUCAGUCAUCUGUGCCUCGUGAUCGGCUUUUUAUCAAAAUUGUUUCGCUGACGGUUGCUAGUUAGCAGCAUUCGGUCGCAGUGCACGGUGAAAGAGAAUGUCCAGUUGGUAGUAGCGUGUGUGUGGGGGGGGGCGUGAGUCACUACAUCGGUAAUGAACGGAAAAAUCAGCUGGUCGUUCAGCAAGCACUAACCAAAACAAAAAAAAAACUACCACUCAAAAACCGGUCCAACCACGAUGCUGAGGCUGCUGCUGCAAAUGCGCAACACAUAAUGAGCGCCGCGGUUCACGGUGUUGUGUGUGAUUUGAGGAAGUUGUUGAAAAACCGGGCCUCCUCUCGUCUAAUGGUGGUGCUGCUGCUGCGCGGAAAUAACCGCAUCGAACCCCAGAAGAGCUCGAUCCCAGUUGCCGAAGGAGGGAAAAAGUGCUGAAAAAAGUGUAAAUUAAUUCGAUCCACGAUACGCCGUCAUCAACAUACAUAUCCGAUACCCCGUAACAACAUAUCUCCAGAGAGUGAGUGAGCGUAGUGUGUAUAACUAGACAAACAGAUCGUUGUUGUUUGUAAAGAAAGAAAGAAGCGAACGGACGAUCGAACGGGCGAAUAAUAAAAAAAAAGCAUGCGCGUGACUUCCUCGAUCGCGUGAGAGAGAUCUCCUCUACGUUGUGUUUUGUUUUGUGUUGUGAAACUUCCGGAAGUGGCCUGUGAACAAAUCGUGUGAUGAAAAAGAAAACCAGCGUGUUCGAGCUGCCGCCCAAAUGUCCGGCCCUGGCGGAUAAAAUUACCGGUAUCUUCGGCUGGCGGCACACCUACCGGGUUUCGCAGAAGCAGAAGGGCAUUCCCCACUGCCACCAGUAUCUGCACAAGACCUACUCGCUCAACCUGCCGAGGAAGACGAAUCCCGACUCAUGGGUCGUGGUGCACCAUCUUCAGUCACAGUCCGGCAUAUUGGAUCCGGACGAUCAAAUAAGCGACGUAGCAGACGAUCGGGAGGAGAUCAUAGCCAGCUACGACGAUUGUCCCGGUGGACCAGAUCCGGGAGUGCCCCAAGGAGGUGGCGAUGGUGCUAGUGGCAGUUCGGUCGGGACCGGCAGUCCCGACAUAUUCCGUUCCGAGCCGGGAAAGUACGGUCCGGAAAGUUCGACACCUCACAUUGAGGUCACCUCAACGGAGCAACCCACCUUGGGACUGGGGCUUCAGGUAAGGCGAGGUAGUGAGCCAUCCCUACAUCAAAUCGGAGUAACGGACCAGCGAAGUCCGCUGUACAAUGUCAGUCCCAAUGGGCAUCAGGAUACGAAACGAUGGUCGGCAGCUCCGGUGUGCCGAAGCGAUACGGAACCUCCGGAACGGUUACUUUCGCCCCCGAAUGGAGUGCCGUACCUAUCGCCGGAGUGGAACGUUCUACCGGAGGAAGAAUCUCACGACAGCCUGCCGCAGCAGUUCUCCCGAUCCGGACGGCUGUCGAUGCAGUUUCUCGGGGCGGAAGCCGCCAACGGAUACCGGUGGAUAGAUGCGGCGGAACGGGUGGCCACGAAUGCGGUCUACAAUGGAACCAGCGCGAACAGUAGCUUCAGUACCAAGUCGCUGCCGAGGGAGUCGAAACGGAAGGAACCGCUCGGGCAGGCCAAUGCCUCCGUGUACGAGUCGUUACGGGAGAAGGAUGGGGAGAUGCUCCUGGUGGUGAACGAAAACGGUGGUCCCCUGGGUCUAACGGCGCUCCCAGACCCGGAGUACGGUGGACUGCUGGUGCAGAGCGUGGAAUCGGGUAGCCGAGCGGAUCGGGGCCGGUUGCGUCGCGGCGAUCGCAUCCUCGAAAUCAACAACAUCAAACUGGUAGGCCUCUCGGAGAAUUCCGUUCAGGAACAUCUCAAGAAGAGCCUCUCGUCACCGGAGCUCAGGUUACGGGUUAUCCGGGCAGGAGUCGGAACGAGGUACAAGCGGGACAAUCGGGUUUCGCAGAUGAUCGAAGCAGAAGAGAAGCCAGCCGGUACCAAAGUGGCUACGGUGUCGCCGACCCGGAAGAUGCCCGGGGCACCCUCGGGGCUCAGUUUGCAGGCGGCGAAUACCCGCAAGCUAGGCAAGCGAAUCGAGAUUUCCCUCAAGAAGGGAAUCAACGGGCUGGGGUUUUCGGUUACGACCCGGGACAAUCAAGCUGGCGGACAGUGCCCGAUCUAUAUCAAGAACAUUUUGUCCAAAGGUGCCGCCGUGGAGGACGGUAGACUGAAACCGGGAGAUCGGUUGCUGGAAGUAGACGCAGUUCCGAUGACGGGCAAGUCGCAAAGUGAAGUCGUUUCUAUUCUUCGGGCAACGGAGUUCGGUGCGACCGUGAGGAUAGUCGUCUCACGACAGCAGGAACUGGCAGAAACGGAAGAGAGGGAGAUUGGUUGCGGAGUGGAGAGCGAACAGAAAAGCACACCGCCGAAGCCUCCACCACCGGUGCUUCCGAAGUCCUCCCUCAAGCAGAGUUCCCGUGCUCGGUCGGAAGAGAUUCUGGACACGCACGAUUCGUUCUCCUCUGGCGCUGGUAGUCUGAACAAUGUACGAUCGACCGUUCCAAAGAAUGCCAGCUCUCAAAUGCCACCCGCGAUCCAGAAGAGACCCCUGACGUCGAUACUGAAGUCUGCAUCGACUAAUCAGGUUUCCGAACUUUUGCAGGAUCAGACACUGCAGCAGCUGCAGUCUUCUUCGGCGGGCCCCGGAGGAAUUCAGUGGAAGAAUCGUGAGAUUCUGAUGCUGCAUAUUCCGGUUCACGACACGGAAAAGGCUGGGCUGGGAGUCAGUGUGAAGGGUAAGACAGGAAGCGGAAACAGUAGCGGCGGAAGUGGUGGCAGUGGCAGUAAGCACGACGGAGACUUGGGAAUCUUUGUCAAGAGCGUGCUGCAUGGAGGGGCAGCCAGCAGGGAUGGGCGACUGAAGAUGAACGAUCAGCUGUUGAGUGUGAACGGGGUUUCCCUGCUGGGGCAAUCGAAUGCCGAAGCGAUGGACACGCUGCGGAGGGCGAUGCUGCAGACAGGUGGCAGCAAUCACCCAGGGAAGAUCAUUCUAACAGUGGCCCGUCGAAUCGGACGACCGGUUAGUACAGGCGAGCUGCUAGAAUCGAUCGACAACUCCAACUCCAGUGAGCAAUCCGGGGCGACUGUGAUCUAUCUCAGUCCCGAUAAACAGCAAUCUCAACAACAACAGCCAUCCAAUGAAAAACAGCAGCAACAGCAACAUAAACGCUACAGCAAUCCGGUGCUGGACCGUCUGACGGGCGGAACUGGCCAAACCGUCAGCAGCGGUAGCAACGGUAGCCUCAAUCAUCAUCCCUCAAGUGCCAGCGGUAGUCCAACCAUCAACCAAAGACCUUCGCCUCUGGCGGGCCAUGGCCUACGCAACGAGAGCUACUACAUGGCGACCAAUGACAAUUGGUCCCCCGCCACGGUGAACCUCAAUGGCAGCAACGCAGUGCUGAUCGAGGAAGAUCCAGAACCAACCUCACCAACAUUCCAUCUGACGCGUCCUUCGGACGGCGGAAACUCCACAUCCACCCCGAACGGAGACGUCACAUACGCCAGUCAGCUGUCACUGGACACGAAUCCUCCGGUUGUGGAUGCCUUCAGUCGUGAUGCCGUCGGGAGGCGAUCGAUGUCGGAGAAACACCAUGCUGCGUUGGAUGCCCGGGAAACGGGAACCUACCAGCGGAACAAGAAGCUACGCGAGGAACGGGAACGGGAGCGAAAGCUCAAUUCUGGCGGUUCCGUAGAAUCACUCACCCAAAUGGGCCGGAUGAGCAGUUUGAAGGCAAAGUCGGAGCUCCGUGCGGAGGCUCUGGAUCGAUUGGGUGAGCUGGGACCGUCGCUGGGAAUGAAGAAGUCUUCCAGUUUGGAGUCGUUGCAAACCAUGGUGCAGGAAAUUCAGAUGGCCGAUGAACCGAGGGGCCCGAAUGCUCUGCGGACGCCACGCGGUCGAGGACGGGAAGAGGUCCUGCGGGCUGCCGUCGAACGACCACCGGAAACGCAAGCCAAAAAACAUUGGCUCCUGGAGGACGCUGCCCCGGAAGCGGACUCGGGUGGAUUUGUGCCGCGUGGAUCUCCCUUCCAAUCAUCACUCAACGAUGGCAAAAGCAAGAACCGACAGAAGAAAAACGGUCUCUUCCGCGGUAUUGGCCAUAUGUUCCGAUUUGGCAAACAUCGCAAGGACGGCAUCGCCCCGAUCAGUGAUAAUGUUCCGGCAGAUUACACCGCCGGUUGGGCUGGCAGCGCUGACGAUCGCCCGCCGAUGCCGAAUGGUGUAGCUCCGCAGCAGAAAAGUCAAACCCUAACGGUGAAGCAGACAAGUUCGAAGAACUCCGCUGCUGCCGGCACCACGUCCAAUGGGCCCUCAUCGCUCAGUGGUGCUCUACCGAAUGGGUCAGUGUCGUCCGGCAAUGCGAGGACCAACUCCAUCGAGCGAUCGGCCAGCUCCGGGGUAGUGGUAAGUCAUCCACCGAUGUAUCAACCACCGCCGCCGCCACCGCAGCAGAAUGGCUCCGCGAUUCAUCACACGGACGUGUUCAACCAUCGGUAUUCGCACUACGUCAACUACGAGGAACUGCAGCAGCAAAUCAGUAACCGACUAACGCUGGCCUCACGGUCCUCAUCCUACGGUAAUCUCGCUAGUGGUGGUAGUGGUUCCGCUAACCAUAUCUAUGCCCUUAUCAGCCAAUGCCAUAGUAACAAUCAAGCUAACCAUAACGCUACAGCAACCUUGCCGCCAGCCGGUCCAAGAUCCCGCUCGACAUCUCCCGAACUUCCCACAACCACCACCGCAACAACACUAGAAGAGCUUAUUUCCAUCGAUAUGUUACGAGCUCUUCAGCGAAUGCAGCUCUCGCCACCGACGCAGCAAUCGCACCACCAUCAACGACAGCUAAGCAGCGACUACUGUCGGUACGUGAGUCGAACCCGUAUGGCCAGCAGCAGCAGCAGCUCAACCAGCGGCAGCAAAAACAGCAGCAGCCAUGGGGAAAGACCACACUCACCUACGACGACACGGUCGUGCGCUGCCAGCAAUGGUCCUAGUCAACAACGGAAGUCGUGUCCCGUGGAUUCUCUGUCGGAAUCCACGCUGGAACAGAUGCGCCAACAGGUGCGCCACCAGCGGGAAAAGGUGGAGCAGGAAAGCCGACGUCAUCAUCAUUAUCAUUCCCAAAGAUCGACCAGGAACACUCCCCCGGUGGACAUUGCCAUUCAUCAUCAGCAGCAGCAGCAGCAGCAUAAAAAACUGAAGCAAUCACGUCCCGUUUCCAACUACUAUGAUGGAGCGAUGUACGAAACCAUCCAGCACUUGGGUGGCUCCCAGCGGAAAACGAGUCUACCUUCGUCGCCUUCCAAACUGCAACAGCAACAGCAACAGCAGCAACAACUGCAACUACAACAGAAGCAGCAACAGCAGGGUAAUUGGAACGGGACCGUCUCAUCGUCGUCCGCUGGUAGUGGUCCAGGGUAUUCGAAUCACGGCUCGAUUCGAAGCCGGGGUCCCUUCGUGACCCAGGUGCAGAUUCAGAAUCAGAUGUCCUAUCAGUAGACUACGAAAGAUAGAAAAACAAAA